AAUACCAGGCAGCGUUUAAUUGCAGAGUGCAAAGGCUUUUAGUUGGGCUAAUGUGCUCUGCGCCAGAGCUGAGCCGCUUCCCCGCACCCUCUGAGAAAACGGAACACCACAUGGAGUCCUUCACUCGAAGAGCCUCACAUGGUAGCUGGAUUUCAGGUGGAGGGGAGAGAGGGGAUUCUCAAAUAAUCCAGGUACUAUCGACUAUGUGAGAGAAUAUACUAGAGGCAAGAGGCGUUCAGAGGUGGAGAAAAGAGAGCCUGAGAGGGAGGGGAAGAGACGGGAAAUACUCUGCCAGAGAGAAAGAGAGAGACUGGACGCCUGCAGCAGCAAAUGAAACAGAACAACAAGGCGGGAGAGGUAGAAAGAAAGACAGAGAGGGAGGGAGGUGGAGAGGGGCCCCGUCCUGGAGAGAGGAGUACAGGGUGACCAAAGAAGAAGGAACGAGAAAAAGUUAGGUGGGGGAAGCAAAAAAAAGUAAAGAAGGUUUGAGGAAAGUGUGCACGUAAGAUUAACAGUUACAAGUGAGAAGAGAGGGGGAAACAACAGACAGGAAGGAAGGAGAGGGAGGAAGGAGUCUUGGGUUGAGAGUUGAAAAAAAGAAAGAAAAGUUUGUGGGUAGACGUAGAUGAGAAAAACAGCGAGCGAAUGACUGGGCUGGAGUGAGCUCGGAUGGAAAGGAAACCAGUUGUUUAUUGAGGCCUUUUCUAUUCAAGUCUACUGCCCACUUUGGACAUGUACACAGAAGGCUCAGAAACGGCGGGACGCCACCGAUUUCUUAACUACAACAACGCAAACAGCCCAUGCCCCUGCCGGCACUGCAUCUACUAUGACCUGCUGCAUGGGUAUCAGCAAACAGCAUCAGCCAAACAAACGGACCACUCAUUGGAGGGCUGCUGGGGAGACACCCAGGCUCCUUGGGUUAAAGACGUAGGAGGCAGAGCGUUCUUGGUGGACAGAGUUGACAAAAGUGGUCAUUUCAGCCCACAGAAGAGGCCUGUGUUUGCAGGGCCAGGCCCUUGCAUCCAGUCAGAUGAUUUGAGCCAAGACGGCCCCUGGGAGUUGAACCCUUCCCAGUGGGGCGACCCGGCGGAGCCUGGGGUAAGACACUAUUCAUUUGUGAGAGAACAGUGUGGCUGUGUGGCAGGCAGUGGCAGAGCACGCCCCUUCCACUCUGGGAUACCCCACCCUCUCCCUCAUCUUCAGGUCAAAGGUCAAGGGUACAGGCGAAGGCGGACUGUCAGGUAUAUCUCGGUGGAUGAAGAGGAAGGCUGUGAGUGCACUCCUAAUGGCUAUCAUUUGGAGCUGCACCGUCCCCAGCCGGGUCAUUCGAACAUGACGAAUGGCCACUGUGGACCGAGGCGUGUGGUCUUUGAGCGAAAGGAGGAAAGAGAUGGGUAUCUGGACCAGGGCAGACCAAAGGGUGGAUCAGAGGACCGUCUCAAUGGCUGCACUCAGCCUGAUAAAAGCUUCUUCCCGACUGAAGUCCCUCAAAAGCACUUGAGCCAAAGACGACAUAAGGGAUCUAACAUCACCUGCUCAGAAACCUGCAAAACGGCAACCAACAACGACCUCUACAGCGAGGGUUCAGAUGUGACGAGGCAAAGGGUGCGGCAGGACUCAGUGAGGGCUCAAAUCCGGCAAGUCGUAACAGAUCUGGAGGAAGUGUUGGGGGGUCUGAAGCAAGUUCAUGUGGAAAUGAAAGAGGUGGUUGAACAGAUUGAUCGCCUCACAGCAAAUAUCGACCUCAGUGAAGAAGAGCCAUGCAUCACUCAGGGGUCAUCCAAUACCAUUUACAAAUCAGCUUAUUCAGGGGAUUUCAGGUUAGCCCUUCUGGCCCCUCACAAGCCCGCCACAGUUUGGGUAUCAUCACAAGGCGUUGACGAAGACCACGUCUUAUUCAGAACCAAUUCUGUAUCUCCUGUCCACAUGGCGUCUGUUGUUAAAACAAGCUGCUUCACCCCACCCAGUCUCCACAAAAACGUCACACACAAAAAGCCGAGUGUGAAUGGGCAACUGCCUCAUCUGUACCCCACAGGAGAUUCAAACCAUAAUGGCAAAAUUCGUCCAGAACCCCACCCACACACCCUUGACCCGACAGUCAUAAUAGGCAACAGCACUUCCAGUGCAAGGACUCAAAAGCCUCCACCUUACCCUCAAAAUGGACGGUGUGGGAAGGGCCCAUACCUACCUCUAAAGCCCGUUAGGAUCCCUGCCUACCCAGCAAGAGGACGCCAGAGCACCAGCAUGGUGUGAAGGAAGUGGGGGGUGGUGGUGGGUUGUUGUAGGACCCCCACUAGAAAAGGAGGCCCAGCUGCAGAGAUUGGAGCUCAGAAAGGGACCAGGCAGGGGAACCAUUCACAAUGCUGUUGAUGCCACUAAAAUAAUCUGGUGGAGACAGAGUACGGCCUGAAGGUGGGGAUAUUUCCAAAGGGAAAAACUCUCCUAAAGUCCUGCGUUGACCUGCUGCUGUGUCACAUGAGCCCAGGAAGCUCUCAAAUCUUUCUUGAAAUUUUACAUGGAUUUGUACAACCAAUACAUGAGGAAUUCCAUGAAAAAAUUCAGCAACUGAAACAAAAAAAAUUAUUUUCAUCAUUUAAUUUAUUUAUUUUUUAUUAUUUUCAUUUCCAAAAUACCUAUUUUUAUGCAGUUUCCAGUAAGGAUAUUGCUUAAACCAGAGUGUACUAUAUAAAUAGAUAUAAUCUGUAAUAAAGCUAUUUUUUAAAUGAGAUCGUUUUUCCUUUCUGCUAUGGGAAUUUGAUAAGCAGAGACUGAAUUGCAAUAAAAUGAGUUUUCUUGCACUUUUGCCACACAGAUCAGUCAGACAUCUCACUUCUUCUAAAGAUGGAUCAUUGAUUACUGAAUGUCUCAUGUUUGAAAAUCAAAUAAACAGAUGACACCAGCAUAACAUCA